AUGGAGAGCAUCAAUCCUAUCCUACAGCACCAUCAACUCUGGUGGGUUGGCCAUGUUCACUGCAUGGACGACAUUCGCCUUCUAAAGAGAUUAAUCCAUGAAGCGACAGAUGUAAUAAGCCGAGGUAGCAAGAGCUCUCCUGUGUCCAUCGUGUUGAUUGUAUUACUUGUGAUUUCAGUGAUCAUACUUUUUAUCUCCUAUUCCCCAUUAAGAGUAUCCCUGACCAACACUGUGUCAGGAAAAACUAUUCAGGAAUCCACAGUCAUUACAUAUACAUCUAUGGGGAGGAACUUCUCCCAGAUCAUAAAAACUGGAAGUAGAUAUCAAAAAAACGUAACAAUGACCCCCUGGAACAAUAACUGCCGCAAUGGAAUGUACCCAAGGACAGCAGAUAUUUACCGUUUUAAUGUUCCCACUGAACUGGUGCCUUGGGAGAAAGAAUUUAAAAAUUACAAACCUGUUGAUUACACAGCUCCUGUAGUGCUUAGUAUGCCUGAAUGGGCAGAUGUGGAAGUCAGGAAUACAACCAUCCGGCUAAAUUUUAACCAAAUUGAUGGCAAAGUUGAUCGAACAUCUUCUCAGAAAAAAUAUGAUGUUAUUGACGGUGUACCAAGGAACCCUAUAGGACGUACAGGUGUUUGUGGCCGAGGCUUGCUAGGACGCUGGGGGCCCAAUCAUGCUGCUGAUCCUAUUGUGACCAGAUGGAAGAUGGAAAAUAAGCAGAGAGUUAAAGGUAAAGAUGGAAGAAAUAUUUUGCAAUUCAUUGCCAUCCAAAGACAUGACACAGGUGAUUGGGCAUUGCCAGGGGGCAUGGUUGAUCCGGGAGAGUUUGUUCCGACAACUUUGCAACGUGAAUUCAGUGAAGAAGCAUUAAAUAUUGAACACAUGACUGUGGAAGAAAGAAACAUAUUGAAUAAUAAAUUGAAAGAAUUAUUCCACAGUGGAAAAGAAAUCUACAGAGGCUAUGUUGAUGACAUUCGGAACACAGAUAAUGCCUGGAUUGAAACUGUUGCUAUGUAUUUCCAUGAUGAAAUUGGAAGCACUGUGGGCAAUUUGACUUUACACGCUGGAGAUGAUGCUGCUAGAGUAAAAUGGAUGGAUGUCAGCAACAAACUGAACUUGUAUGCUUCGCACAGGUUCUUUCUGGAGAAAGUAUCCCAAGAACUCAAUGCCAGCUGGUAA